UUCAUACACUGAAUCCCGUUUGUGUGGACAGAGCGGACGAGGACAGCCCCUGAACCGACAGGACGACUUUCACUGCCCCGAUACACAGAGACAAAACAACCCGAGCUUGAGCCACCUCCCUGGUGCUUUCACGCCACUUGAGGACUUUCUUUCUUUCUUUUUUUCCUUCUUUUUUCUUUUUUUUUUUUUUUUUUUUUUUUUUUUUUUGUGGAAAACGGGAGGACCAUAACGACUUGUUGGUUUAAGAUUGGGAAACAGACUAACAGAAGUGACAGAACAGAAAUACACGUUAACAGGAUAAGCUGUGAAUUUAUGGAUGCUUGUUGCUUUUUUCCGGACGUGUGAACACCUGUCUUCCAGUGGAGCAAACAGACCUCCUUUUGUGUCAUUGUUCGAGCAGAUAUUGCCUGUUGAAAGAAUGAACGCACCGAACUUAUUCUAAACAAGUUGGAGGAAUAGUCGUGGAGUCAUUUUGCAAAGGCUUUAUGUGCUGACAAAACAGAUGAGACAUGCCAACUUUUUGGAGAUUUCUCUGAUGCUGUGUGGCAUUAUGGACAACAAACUGGACCAGUGAGCCAAUGUUCUCUCACACCCUGAGCUGUCAGUCUCAACAGUUCUGCAAACAACUGAGAAUAUCAACAGAUCAACAAUAAGAGGCUGUUGAUCAACACAAGAAAAGGUGCAAAUAGGAGAAAUAAAGUUCAGCCUCUCCCUGUUCUGCACAUACUUCUGUCAUUUACAGCCAUGAUAUCAAAAUACUUACGGAACUGUUCGUCAUUGGUCCUGCUGUUUACUCAUCUCCAAUUACUGCAGUUGGAAAUGUUCAAUGCUGCCCCCUCUGGCCCAGAGUCUGACACUUGCUCCACCCUGGUCCAGAGUCGUUUCUUUGGUUUCUUUCUCUCAUCCUCUGUAUUUGCCAGCACACCUUGCACCUGGACCCUGCAGAACCCUGACCCACGGCGCUACACCAUCUUCAUCAAGGUCACAAAGCCAACCAGAGACUGCGUUCCCCGACAGCACCGGACCUUCCAGUUUGACUCCUUCCUGGAGACAACACGAACCUUCCUUGGAAUGGAGAGCUUUGAUGAGGUAGUGAAGCUGUGUGAUGCUUCCACACAUGUUGCCUUCCUGGAGGCAGGGAAACAAUUCCUGCAGAUCCGGAAAGGGCUGCCCCGAGCAGGCACCAGGCCCAGGAAUGGGGAAGGGGAGUUUAAGAUGGAGUAUCUUGUGGUUGGGAAGCGUAAUCCAAGCAUGGCUGCCUGUCAAAUGUUGUGCCAGUGGUUAGAGGACUGCCUUACCUACAGUAACUCCAACCGACCCUGUGGAAUCAUGCAGACACCAUGCCAAUGCUGGGACCAGCCUCCACCUGACAAAGAGACUAAUGGAUGCUACAGAGAAGGAGUCUACUUGGACAACUGCAUCCCUGUUGUUAAAGAGGGAAUGACGGAUAUAGACACAAGUGGUGGCUGGAGUGGGUGGGGCAACUGGGCGGAGUGUAGCAGUGAAUGUGGGGGAGGGGUCCAGACACGCACACGUACUUGUCAGUCACCUCCUGAGGAGGCGUACCUGUGUGAGGGAGUUCUGGAGGAGGGCCGGCCUUGCAACGCACAGCCCUGCAUCGGAUACAGGCAGUAUUCCUCUAAAGGCAAGGGCUUAAGUCCAGUGAAAUACAAUGAAGUGCAAGAGGCCAUGCUUGGCAAAGGCCGACUUGGUACUCGUAGCCAAUCCCUGCGCUCUGUGGACAGCCAUAAACGGGAGGACUCAGAUAAGACCCACAGCGGACAGCAGUCUUCCCAAACAGUGGAUCCUCCGUCGGGUGAGGAGUGGUCUGCGUGGAGUGUGUGUUCGGCCACGUGCGGUGAGGGCUGGCAGAGCCGCACGCGCUUCUGCGUCUCCAUGUCAUACAGCACGCAGUGCAGCGGGCCACUGCGUGAACAGAGACCCUGCAAUAACACUGCUGUGUGUCCAGCCGCUCUGAUUACAGUGCAUGGGGCGUGGGAUGAGUGGUCUCCAUGGAGCUUGUGUUCUUCAACGUGUGGCCGUGGCUACAGGGACCGCACGCGCUCCUGCAAGCCACCACAGUUCGGAGGAAACCCCUGCGAAGGUCCAGAGAAGCAGACCAAAUUCUGCAACAUCGCUGUGUGCCCAGUGGAUGGCGUGUGGAAUGAGUGGUCCAGCUGGAGUUCCUGUUCUUCAACCUGUUCUAAUGGGACAAUGCAGCGCACACGGGAGUGUAACGGGCCCUCGUAUGGGGGCUUAGAGUGUCAGGGCGAGUGGCGGCAGACACGGGAUUGCUUCCUCAGAGAGUGUCCUGUGGAUGGUCAAUGGCAGCUCUGGAGCUCUUGGGCUGGUUGUACCAAAACAUGUGGUGGAGGGAGCCAACAAAGGCAAAGGGUGUGCUAUGGGCCCUUCUUUGGUGGGGAGCCAUGUCCAGGGGACAGAGAGGAAGUUCGGCGCUGCAAUGAAAAGAGAUGUCCAGAGCUGCAUGAGAUCUGUGACGAAGAGAAUUUCUCCAACGUAGUGUGGAAGAGAACUCCUGCAGGGGACACAGCGGCUGUCCGCUGCCCUCCGAAUGCUGUGGGACUAAUUCUCCGGCGAUGUUCAUUGGACGAUGAGGGCAUUGCAUACUGGGAGAACCCUACUUAUAUGAAGUGUGUCUCAAAUGAUUACCGCAGUAUUCAAACACUGACCAGAGAUCACCUGUCCAAGGCUCAGAGGGGUCUUGUGGGAGAUGGGGUUUCUGAGGUGAUGACCAAGCUGAGGGUGACCUCCAGUGAUGGAACAAGCUACAGCGGAGACCUUCUGGCUAUCAUAGAUGUACUAAAGAACAUGACAGAGAUCUUUAGGAGAUCUUACUACAGCCCCAGUAAUGCAGACAUGAGGAAUUUUGUGCAGUCAGUGAGUAACUUACUGAUGGAGGAAAAUAGGGAGAAGUGGGAGGAGGCACAACUGUUGGGCCCUAAUGUUAAGGAGCUGUUUUGUCUAGUGGAGGACUUUGUGGAUGUCAUCAGUCUCCGCAUGAAGGACUUUCAAGAUACCUAUGAGGUCACAGACAACUUGGUGUUAAGUAUUCACAAGCGGCCUGUUGCGGGAAAUGCAGAUAUCACUUUCCCCAUGAAGGGAUGGAGGGGGAUGGUGGAUUGGGCUCGCAACUCUGAGGACAAAGUUAGAGUGGCCAAAAACAUCCUGGUCAUUGGAAAACCAGAUGAAGAUGACGCCUCAGCUUUUGUGACUGGUAUUGUACUCUACAGAAACCUGGGCAGUAUUCUCUCUCCACAGAGAAAUAGCACAGUGCUAAACUCCAAGGUGAUCUCUGUGACAAUCAAACCCACCCCAAGCUCCCUUUCAACUCCACUAGAAGUUGAGUUCUCCCACCUUUACAACGGUACCACAAACCAAACCUGCAUUUCCUGGGAUGAGAAUGACAGCUCGUCGUUGCUGGGCUCCUGGUCUGCGCGCGGCUGUAGAGCCGUCCCCGUCGACUCCAGCACAACCAAAUGCUUGUGUGACAGACUCUCCACCUUCGCCAUUUUAGCACGCCUCAAUCCCGAUGUGAACAUGGAUAAGACCCAGCUUCCAUCAGUGACUCUGAUUGUGGGCUGCGGGGUCUCGUCCCUUACCCUGCUGCUACUCAUCAUCAUCUAUGUGUCCGUUUGGAGGUACAUCCGCUCAGAACGCUCUGUCAUCCUCAUAAACUUCUGUCUGUCCAUCAUCUCCUCCAACGCUCUCAUCCUCAUCGGACAAACUCAGACACGGAACAAGGUUGUUUGUACUCUUGUGGCUGCUUUUCUGCACUUCUUCUUCCUCUCCUCUUUCUGCUGGGUUCUGACGGAGGCGUGGCAAUCUUACAUGGCUGUGACUGGCCGUCUUAGAAACCGCAUCAUACGCAAGCGUUUCCUCUGCCUUGGUUGGGGCUUACCUGCUCUCGUUGUAGCAAUUUCUGUUGGUUUCACUAAGGCAAAGGGUUAUGGCACUGUUCACUAUUGCUGGCUGUCUCUGGAAGGUGGACUGUUGUACGCAUUUGUUGGUCCAGCCGCUGCUGUCGUCUUGGUUAACAUGGUUAUCGGGAUUUUGGUUUUUAACAAACUGGUGUCCAAAGAUGGCAUAACUGAUAUGAAACUCAAGGAGAGGGCUGGUCAGAUGGCAGUGCCACUGUACAAUAUGACGCUCAAAUGUGCCAAGUGCGGAGUUAUCUCGUCGGCUGACGUUUCCACCACAGCUACCAGUAACGCCAUGGCAUCACUGUGGAGCUCCUGCGUUGUACUGCCACUGCUGGCCCUCACUUGGAUGUCUGCGGUUUUGGCCAUUACUGACCGCCGCUCGGCCCUGUUUCAGAUCCUCUUUGCUGUUUUUGAUUCCCUUGAGGGCUUCGUCAUUGUGAUGGUGCAUUGCAUUCUACGGAGAGAGGUCCAAGAGGCAGUGAAGUGCCGAGUUGUUGAUCGCCAAGAAGAUGGAAAUGGUGACUCUGGUGGAUCUUUCCAGAACGGCCACGCUCAGUUGAUGACUGACUUUGAAAAGGAUGUGGACAUAGCUUGCCGAUCAGGCACCCUGAAACGUUCCUCCUUACAAGGUGAGGAGAAAGUAGCUUCACAGCAAAUCACAGUACAGAAAGGCUCCAACUUCAAUACUCUUCCGGCCAGCUUGGCAAAGGUCCACCUGCAGAACAUUGCCGACUAUGCCAGCCACACGCUCACCAUGCGGCGUGAGAAGGGAUCCAUCACUGGGGUCAGCACCGAACUGCCUGGAGCCAAAUCGAUCUAUAUCUGUGACGGAGAGCUCUUCAAGCAGCUGGAUGGAGCUCCAGGAGACAGUGGUGGACCCGAAGGAGCAGGAUCAAGUCAGGGUUAUGUCCUCUUACCCAACAACAAUAACACCCUGAGACCUGCAAAGGGCAGCAAGGAGGACCAAGCCACCAAGUACAACAUCAGCAUUGAACAGUUACCCCAGACCAGGCUCAUUCACCUGGCCAACACUGCUGGUGCAGAUCCCGUAUCAGGCUUUGGGCUGAAGAGCCUUCCCACAGAGCGAGUUAGCAUUUCCUGCUCAGAGAGGGACUCCCCUGUGCAGACAGUGCAGAACAUUUCCAGUGAGUCCCAGAUGAACAACAACACAUGCGAGCCAGGGGACUCUGGCAACUCGGGCAUGAUGUCUAAGAGUGAAACCAUCUCCACACUGUCUAUGAGCUCUCUGGAGAGACGAAAAUCACGCUAUGCAGAGCUGGACUUUGAGAAGAUCAUGCAUACACGGAAGCGCCAUCAGGACAUGUUCCAGGACUUAAACAGGAAGCUGCAUCAUGCAGAGAAGGACAGAGACUCUCCUCCAGUGGAUGGGAAGGCUGGGAAGAGAUGGAGUGUGUCCUCAGGAGGCAGUGAUAAAACCAACCUUAGUGACAAGCAACAGACCCCCAGUAAGCGAGCAUGGGAGGGCAUCAGGAAGACCCACUCACCACCAUCAUGGGUGCGUAAGGAGCUAGAACCUCUGCAGGCCUCCCCCCUUGAGAUGCAGACGGUGGAAUGGGAGAAGGCCAGCGCUACUAUCCCUCUGGUGGGCCAGGAGAUCAUGGACCUGCAGACGGAGGUCUGAGAGACCACCAGCACUACUCUGAGGAACAGACUCUACUUGCAAGGAAAAGGGAUAAAGAGAAGGAAUCAUGUGUAUGCAAAAGUGUGUGAAACAAAACAGGACAACAAAUAGAAAGUAUGUCUGAAAGACACUGAAAGAGUGAGAGAAACAAAGAGAAAGAGAGAGUCACAAAGAGAAAGCAACAUGGAAAAUGUGGCUGUGCAAUUUGUUUUUUGUUUUUAUCCUGAAUGGCCUUUUCCUUAAUGUCAAAGCAAAUCAUACUCUUUUGAAAAAGCAGGUCUGAGCCUGUUGCCAUGGUAAUAAGCUGGCAUGGCCAAGAAUGGCUGAACUGGGCAAGUCGAGUGGUGACCCUCUUUGGAAUUCCGGGAUGUUGCCGUGGGAACGUUGGGAGUGAGUGACUGAAGGGUAGGACCGAAAUUCAGGCAAUGAGCAGAUGAGCCUUAGCGAGUGGCCUUCAAUUUCUUACACCUUUGGAUACACACAAACACACACAUAUUUUAGUUAUUCUGCCAUCAAAGGUUACAAAGACUACAUUAUGGAAAGCUUUGAAACUGCCUGGCAGGAAUCAGGAGAAACAUAUAAUUCAAAUGAAAAAAAAAAUCUAAUAAUAAAUAUUAUUAUUAUUAUUCUCUUUGUUGUUGUUGUUAGUGUGACACAACACAUGCAUACACUUAGGGUUUGUGGAGCGAUGUGAUCAGUGAGUUGUCCUCCACCCACAAUGCAGUGCCCAAAGCCAUCUGCAUAUGACUGUUAAUCUGUAUCAAAUGCCCUCCCAUCAUGGCAAGAAGACCCCUCCAAGCCAGGAUCGCCCACAGCAGUGCCACUCACGCCCACAACUUAGCCACUGUGCUGUUCCGUGCACCACACCGACCCUUGGACGCUUUAAAGACGGUAGUUAAGGUUGCCAGUUCUGUUGGUCAAUGUCUCAGUGACACCAACGUGAGACUUGUCAAGUAAUCUUCUUACCAGUGCAUUCCUGUGCAACGAAGUUGACAGGAAGUUAACAGGACAAGAGUUGGUGGUCAGGUUUGGUGGAUUUGUGCAUUCGUUGUGCAAAACCAACACGAUUUCAUUUGCUUGAAGUUUAAGCCUUGGUGUUUUCAUCAGAAUCACUGGAAAGAAUCGUACUGAAUCAUGUUUGGAAAAGAAAAAGGAAAAAUUUAUAAAUAUAUAAUAUUAUAAAUAGUCUUAUAUGUGAAACUGCAGAGGGGUGAUAUUCUCUGGUCAGGUUGUGGUUGCAUACACAGAAAGCACAAGACUCACUCCUCAAGAGUCCUGUUGUACAGCAUUGUAAUUAUUUCCAAAAGAGUUCUACAAAAAUGAAUUUUAGCCUAUAAAUAUCUUUCUUACUGUGCUUGGGGAAUAUCGUUAUCAUUAUUCUAGAUAUUAUUGCGAUUCUGAGAUCCCCAAAUCUCAUCGGGUUACUGGACUAUAUCAGUGUUCUGUAACUUCAUGUAACAGUGUGUAUUUUCGGUAUCACUGACUGUCACUCCAGAUGAUACGUUCUUGCCUGAAUUCUCCACCAUUGCCCCUCUUUUACCCUCCCCUCCCUGCCUUUCCACACUCCCUUUUUUUAAAUUCACUGGGGUUUCUUUGUUAUUGUACAGUUUUCAGAGCACAAAAUGAAUGUGUCAUAUUUCUAAUA